GGGAGGAGAGGCUUUAAUUUCACAAACAAGGACAUGAGUGUCAGAUUUCUCUUACUUCAUGGUAUCACUGGGUUAGCUUAUUGUACGUGACGAUCAACCAACUGUUUUCAACGGCACCUUUGCUAAUCUCACCAAAGGCAUUCAAUAUUUUCGACAGUUUAUUACCAGAAUACUUUAACCAUGUCUGGAAUGCGGUUUUUGUACUCCAAAAAUUCCUACAGAAUACUUUCUGGCUCCAUUUGGUGAUGUGGCAGUAAUCCACUUGUGGGGUUGCUACAAAAUACCAAAGAGACAAGACAAAACACCUGAUGACAACCUUAUGCUUCAUAGCUACAGACGAGAUCAGCUACAGCGUCGGGCAGGUAGAGGAGAAAACUCACAAGUUGAUGCAAUGUACCAGGUCGUGCCAGGAAAUUUACCUGCUGCUCGAGAGAAACAAUCCAAAGAAGUAAAGCCAUUGAUAUGUACUAUUUUACUGGGCUUGCUGCUGGUAAUUGCAGCAGUAGUUGCAUGGUGCUAUUACACUGCAUCAUUGAAGAAAUUAAACAGCUUCAAAAUAGAUCAAUUGGAGCUCUAUAAGGAUGGUUUUUUCAUCAAGAAUACUGCUAACAUGGUUUUAUUUGAAAUGGGUUUCAAAUCUGCUCCUAUUGACCUUGAAUCAUGUUUUCAAGAUGAAGCUGGAAAUGAGGUAAACUGCACAAAAUCUGGCGAAGAAAAGGUGGACUUCUUUGUCAAAGCCUUUAAACCCAAAGAUACCAUAACUUGUUACAACAUUGAAUGGAAGACAGUCAUAUUGGACUCUGUUGUUGAACAUUGCAUGCAUUGGGCAGAUGGACAUUGGUAUGGAGGAGCAGAAACUAGCACACAGCAUUGGCCUAUCAAAAUUUCAGGUGUAAUGGAUCCUAAGCCAUAUGUAACAGGUGAUGUGUACUCAAUACGUGAUGGAUUUGGUGGAAUUCUAGAAAGGUAUUGGAUCUCCUCUAAAUCUGUAGCUGUUCGAGUUAAUGACUCAGUCCCUCUACACAUUGGUUGGAACAGCUCAGACAAAGAAGCAUUUUGCCUGCAUGCUCGCUACAAAGAUUCUCCAUUUCAACCGACCACAGGACAACAACCAUUUGUAGAACUAAGUUAUCAAGUCUGUAUUGGUUCUGAUUUAAAAAUUAUCCACAGAUACAUGGCCAAAAAACAUUUCAGAAAGCCUGAGAUUACACCUUCAGAAUUUAUGUUCAGGUACCCUAAAUGGUCCACGUGGGCUCUGUUUAAAACUGAAGUGAACCAGGAUAAAGUUUUGCGUUAUGCAGAAAAAAUCAAGAAGUAUCAAUUCAACUUCAGUCAUAUUGAAAUAGAUGAUCAAUACUCCAGUAGCUAUGGAGAAUUUAACUUUGACCCAGUGAAGUUUCCAAAUGCUUCAGAACUCCUUCAAAAGCUCAGGGAUGAUGGAUUCCAGGUGACAUUAUGGGUGCAUCCCUUUGUUAAUUAUAAUUCUCCCAGUUUUAUCAAGGGUGUAGAAAAUUCUUAUUUUGUGAUGGAUCCCAGUGGGAGAUUUCCUGCCUUUGUGGAGUGGUGGAAUGGGAUUGCAGCAGUUUUAGACUUCACCAAUCCUGAAACCACAGAUUGGUUUCAGAAAAAAUUGGAGUACUUAAGGUCAAAGUACGGGAUUGUGUCUUUCAAAUUUGAUGCAGGUGAGACCAGUUACCUACCUGCAAAGUUUAGCACUCACAAGCCUCUGUCUGAUCCGAGCUUGUUUAGUAAAUUGUAUGCAAAAAUUGCAGCUUCAUACUGUAUGUUAGCUGAAGUGAGAGUAGGCUACCACACACAGAAUCUCCCCUGUUUUGUUCGUAUGAUUGACCGUGAUUCUGUUUGGGGUUAUGAGCUUGGCUUAAAAUCCCUGAUUCCAACUGUCCUCACCAUGGGUAUUUUAGGAUAUCCCUUCAUAUUGCCUGAUAUGAUUGGGGGAAACGUUUAUCCAAACAAAACUGAUGGCCUUGAUGAGAUUCCAGACCGUGAGCUUUAUAUUCGCUGGCUCGAACUGUCAGCUUUUCUUCCAGCUAUGCAAUUUUCCAUUCCUCCUUGGCUUUAUGAUGAGGAGGUUUUGAAAAUUGCACAUAAAUUCACUCAGCUCCGAGAAAGUUUAGUUAUGCCCCUUAUGCUUCGGCUCGCAGAGGAAACCACUAAGACAGGUAAUCCAAUUAUAAGGCCCCUUUGGUGGAUUGCUCCAAAUGACAAAGUGGCACAAAAGGUAGACACACAGUUCCUCAUUGGGGAUUAUCUUAUGGUAGCCCCCAUUCUAGAAAAAGGUAAAGAGGCAAGAGAUAUCUAUCUUCCUGAUGGUAAAUGGCAAAGUUUUAAUGGAGACCUUUUUGAUAAGACACCAAAUUUGCUAACUGACUUUGCAGUUGACCUUGAUGAAGUGGCCUAUUUCAUCCGAAUGAUCUGAUUUGCCUUUUGUUAAUUUGGAGUUUUUUGGAUAACUAGUUAAAACAGGAUUUUGUUUUUUUUACAAACUAUUAUAGUAUCUGUGUUCAGCUAUAUUUAAUUCCAGGAUUAUCCACAAAUAUAUAUUAAUAUUAUACUUGGGGCACCUUUAAAAUUUGAGUAAAUGGAGAUUUUUUUUUAAAAGUUCUCUUUCCCUAGAUGAAACGGUCAUCACUUUUUGAAGACUAAUCACUCCAAAAUGAAAAAGAAAGUAAGUGAACAGUAAAGCUAAAUGAAAUCAGAAGUAUGUUUUCCAAAAUUUCUUUUAAAGGAAAGGCUUAUUUCUGUUAAAAUCACAUGAGUGAACUAGCAACGAAUUGGAAAUAAAUCCAGGUCUAAUGUUUUAGUAAAUCAGAUAAUCCUAAAUUAUUUUAGUAAGAAACAGAUCAAAAAAACACAUUGUACUUUAUAUACAUAACUAAUUUGGAGGAGAUGGUGGGAUGCUGAACUAGUAAUUCAGCAGGCCCAGGUGAUGCUUUAGAACCUGGGUGCAAUGAUGAUGAUGAUUACCGUGAUGAUUAAUAAUGAAAGGAUCUAAAAUGAAAAAUAGUUUCAUAAUGAUCUUUAUUGAGUCUAUUGCUGUGAAAACUCAUUUAGUUCACUAAUAUCCUUUUGUUUUUAGGGCAGCAAAUCUGCUGUCCUUACCUAGUUUGACCAAUAUGCAACUCCAUAGCAAUGUAGUUGACUCUUGUCUGCCGUCUGAAAUGGCCGAGUAGUGAUUCAGUUAAACAGCAUUUGAGGAUGCGUAAUAAAUGCCAGUGAUGCCUGCAUCCCACAAAAGGUUUUAAAAAAAAAAUUGAGAGCAAUUGAAUCAAAACUGGCCAAAUUAGGAGGCAUACAGGAGAGACUACAGGAAGUAGGUUUGGGAAAAUUUAUUACAAAUCCAGGUCAUUGAAAUUAACUUUGUCAUAGAAUUGGGAGAGAGGAGAAUUGUAAAACUUUCUGGUGUGGAA